CCCAAAUGGCAACUCCAUUCAAACUCCUCUGUUUUCUCUUCGCACUAACGUCCUCCACGUCCCUUCUCCCUUCUUCCUGCGCUCAAACCUGCUCCGGUUACACCUUCUCUGACAACAAAGUCUUCAGCUCAUGUACUGACCUCCCUCACUUGGGUGCCUCCCUCUACUACGACCGUGAUGCCUCCGCGAACACGGUAUCCGUUGCAUUCAAGGCCCCUCAGACCUCCACCGGUUGGGUUGCAUGGGGACUCAACCCAAACGCCACCAAGAUGGUCGGCUCGCAGGCCAUCGUCGCAUUUCUCCACUCCAACGGGAGCAUGAUGGCCUACCCGACGCAGCUUGAUAGCUACGCCCCGUCGAUGGCCCCCGCGGCGCUGAGCUUUCCGGUGAACGACGUGUCGGCGGAGUAUGUCAACAAGGAGAUGAUCAUCUUCGCUACCUUGGGGCUCGUCGGUGGAGGCACCAAGUUCAACCAGGUCUGGCAGGAGGGCAGCACUGUGUUGAAUGACGUACCCAAGGCCCAUUCUACCCGCGGCGACAACAUCAAAUCCUUGGGCACUAUCGAUUUCCAGUAAAACUUGUAGCUUCAGGCGUGUUCCACGGCAGCUGUUGUCGAGUGAAUUGCUUCUACAGUUAUGUGGGUUAGGCAGCUGCUUUGUCAUACGAGCUUGCGUGAUUGUGUCAUUCUUAGUUGUAACGGGAUAUACUCGAUAUAAAUUCGGUACCGUACUAUGUUUCUACUCU